AUGUCGCCGAAGUGUACCAUGAUUUGUGUAACCUACAUACAGUGUCAACAACAGCAGCGACAGAGUAUUCAACAACUUUUAGGUGGUCAACGAAAAUUAACUGACUCUUGUACAUAUCUUCAAACAAGAAGCAGUAUUUGGGGUGAAAACAGUUCCCCAUUUUAUUUCAAUAUUACAGGAUUUUAUGGAUAUCAGAUCAGAAGCGGCCAACCUCUUGAGGUUACCAUUAAGCGCUGGUCAUCCAUAACACCAGACAAUUUUACUGACUUUUUCAUGUAUGCCACCCCUACAGCACCGAGAGGAAUUGCUCAAAUGAACGGGCAAGGUGUUCCAGGCAUGCCAGUAUUAUAUCUAGGAGUAUUUAAAUUAGUACCACCAUAUAAUACAGGGGGCAGAGGAUUUACCUGUGACCCAAGAGCAAUUGGAUAUGAUGCUUUUGGAAGUGUUGAAGAGAGACGAAUUCUGAUUAAAAGAGCUAUGGAGCCUAACAAACCGUACUGGCAUAAUAGAAAGCCUUAUGUCCGCAAAUAUACUUCCGUUUUGUGGUUUCCUACAGAAAUGGCGAUGAAUGUACCUUCUAUUCAGUUUAUAGGUAAGGUCAAAUCAGAUGGACAUUGGUAUGAAAUAAAAUCACGAAGCUUUGUUCCAUAUAUCCCACCAGAUCCCAUGUCAACAAUGUAUAGCUCUUUAUCUCAAGUUUCAAGUAUGUCACAGAAUAUGAGACAAUUUGAAAGACAAGCUGAUGCUGCUACUGCUGCUCUAUGAUGAUAUGGUAUCUGAUAAGAAAUGAUGAGUUUGUUGGUAUCCGUGUUGAUUUUGUGUUGAUAUUUGUAAAAACGUUCUUUGAAAUUUCGUACCUAUCUUAUCGACCCUUUUUUACGUCUACGACACGUGUAAAUAACAAUGUAAAAAAGGUGUUAUAGGAAUCUUAGAGUUAAUAUGAAGGAGAUUCUACAGUACAUUAUAGACAAAUUUUACUUUCAAUAUAUGUCGUGACCCUUUAAAUUGGAGCUGAUUUAACAUUUCUUGUUUAAAGGCAUACUACCUCUUGGAAUGAAUAUACAAUUUCUGAUUUUCACAUAUUUGGCCAAUUAGGGUAGACCUAUUAUAUUCAUCCCAGGUCCAAUAGUGCCAUAGCUUUACAACAGAAGCUCUGUAAUCAGAUGAAUCUAUAAAACUAAGCAAUUAUAUCCUUAAAGCAGCGUAUCUAUAUACGAUUGAAAAACGUUGUUUUAGGGAUUUAUCAGAUUAAAUAGGGAUUCUGUUGCAUAUUUAUGACACCAGGUAGGUCCACUUAUACGUAUAUAAUCUUAUUGGCCAAGUUAGAGAAUUUAAAUUUUAUGUGCAUUUUACGAGGCUUAGUACAUGUAUCUUCAAAUCACUUUGCAAAAUGAAAAUUCUUUAUGAAAAUUCUUUGUUAUGGAUGCUUUGUAAUCAACUGAAGAGUCAGGGACAAAGAAGUUGUGUACAUGUUCAAAAUCUUUAUUUCAUUGCCAAUAUUUCACCAAUCUAAAUAAAAUGUAGAUGUCGGUAUUUCGUUUCGUAUUUUUAUUGCAGGUCGUUCACUUUAGUCGUUACUCUUGAAACGAAAUAAAUUGAGUUGCAUCUUGAUAUCUGAUCUGAUAUCGCAAUGAUCCCGUUUUAGCCAAAAAUAUUGAAUUCUAUAAUAAUAUAGUAUUGAAUAUUUUAUGUAAUGAAAUGACUUUAAAUCUUUAAACCACUCAAAUGGAUUGGAAGCACCAAACAAAAUUCAAUAUUAAUUCGGAUUCUAUUUGUCUCUGUGUAAGGUGUUCAUUCAAAUACCUUAUCUAUAAUGUUAUAUUCACUUGCUAUAUACGUAAAAAUUUAAGUGUUAGGUGUUAUAAACUAAUUGAUGCACUUGUAAUAAAGUUUAGUUGAAAGGUCA